AAUGUGUUUAAAGUGAGCAAUUAUCAUAUUAUUGCAAUAAUGUAUGCAUUCCUCAAGAAAGCAUGAAAUUGUCCGCAUGAUCGAGCGAUCGAAUGCUGUCUGAUGAUGUGUUUACAAACACCUCUCUCGACUGACAGCAUUCUGGAAAGAACAAUUUUACAGCCAAUUUUCUUAUCAAUAGCCAGCUCUAACAAAAAAUACGCGCUUUUGAACCUGCGGGCCACAUUCCUUCGCCAGUUAUCAAUUUAAUCGCCCGUGAAGCUGCUGCUUUUGUUUUCCCUCGUAAAAUCUAGCUCACACAAUGGUGCGUGCCUGGUUUAUGGACGAUGAGCCGACCGAUCAGCGUCUGGAGCACCAGCUCGAUCCGCCCAAGUUCCUGACGCUGGACGAGCUGUUCAAAAGCACCGGGGUGGAAUAUUUUAAGAUUAACAUUCCAACGUACGAUACGGACGGGGUGCUGGGGAAGAUCCGCAACGAUCGGGGCUACUCCUACGAGGACGAAAUCACCUGCUCCGAGGCGUGCUUGCCCGAUUACGCCAACAAGCUGAAGUCGUUCUUCACCGAGCAUCUGCACACGGACGAGGAGAUCCGGCUGGUGCUGGACGGUUCCGGUUACUUCGACGUGCGCAAUGGUCCAGAUGAUGCAUGGGUACGGAUCGAGGUCGUUGCCGGUGAUUUGAUCAUUAUUCCUAGUGGAAUCUAUCAUCGCUUCACGCUGGACAUGAAGAACUACAUCAAAGCCAAGCGUUACUUUGUUGGCGAACCGGUCUGGCUGCCGUACAACCGCCCAGCAGACGAGAUGGACUGUCGCAAGGAGUAUUUGAAGCGGUUGGAAGCUGGGUUCGCCGCCUAAUGCGUACCUGUGCGUUUUUAUGAUGCGAUCUGAUUUUGUUAACCAUCCUUUUCUUCCAUAAAUCCAACUGCAUUCAAUGCAAUAAUUUGUUUAAUAAAUGUUAUACCAUUCCCCGCAA